AUGCAAAUCGCCGGUCUGAAACUUGUUCUCCUGGCAUCCCUUCUCGGGCAGUCGGACGCCUUACUCUUUAAGUGGACCAGAAUUUCCCCCAACCACUGUGCUAUGCUGCCGUUUACCUUUGGAUUCCCCGAUCCCGGAUGUCCUGGUGGUGCGGCACUCCCGGCGGCAGCUCCCCCAGCGCCAGACCCAAAGGCUGUCGCUGCCGCCUACUGCAAUAGCAUUGCAGCUGGUGCCAUUGCCGUAUUCCGAGCCGAUGAUAGCCACUAUGGCUGCUUCAAUGACCCGUGCCAGGAGACCUUCCCUGGCAGCAACGAAAUCAAUGGUGUAUGCAGAUAG